UAUGUAAAAUUUCCGUUUCGGCGUUUAAAAACAACAACAACAAUAAUAAUAAUAAUAAUAUAUACACAUACACACACACGCGCGCGCACACGUUACACAUUCGCCGAAGUCACUGGGUCAAGUCUCUUGCAUACACGAAGGCGUGGGCUAAACAGGUAUUAUUCAUUAAAAAUAUUAAGGUGCUUACACCCAUGAGGACAGACUUGCAUAACGACAACGAUACGUGUAGCGUUAAAAGACAGCCGCAAAGAACACGUAACGAAGAGUCGUCUUGGUGCUCGCUACCGCGUGGUUGUCUGCAAUGGUUUUACAGGUAUCUCGCACCAACACCGCGGUAUACAUACACGAUACGCGGUAAAAGUAACUAUCGUUGUUUAAGAGAACAAAUAUCAUCAAAAAAGUCUGCUAAAGCCAAAUUUGUUUUUUUUUUCACGCGUGCACGUUAAAAAUGUUUACGGACCCGUCAUAAUUUCUUGAUCGUAAAUACUUAAAGUUGUUGAACAUACGGUGAAACUGUAAUAGCUGGUACCUAUAAACGCGGCGAUACCUAUUGCCGCGGUGACCAAUUCUUCGGGAUACUGCCACACAAAGAUGAAAAACUUGUGUCUGUUGGGGGCCUUUUGGUUUGCCACAUGCACUACGGUCAUUGUUGACCACGUUUUCGCAGUGGAAUUCGAUCAGAGGCAGCCUUCGACGUACGGCGACGACCAUUAUUAUUACGAUGGACCCGCUGCUGUGGCGGCAGCGCCAGUGAACGAGGAAGAGUCAUCGCGCACCCAUCACGGAAAGCACAAGUUCAAAAAGCUUAAGAAGCGCCUGUUGCUGCAGUGCCUGUUGGGGCAUGGCCGGAGGCGGCGUGACACGUCUGCGGCUUCCGGUCGAUUCUUACUUCCGGUCGUAUUGCAGAGCACCAACGUCAACGUUGGUGCCGGCGGCCAGCAGCACCAGCAGCAGCAACAGUUACACAACGGCGGCGGAUGUAUGCAAAUGUUCGGAGAUGACAGUCACGGUCCCUUGGGCUCGCCGCCGUCGUUGGGCUCAUUGAGUUCCCCGAUAGGCUCGCUGGGUUCAGCUCUCGGUUCGCUGAGCCCGUUCGGGCCGUCCGUGACGGAAAACCCGGCGGAGGACGAGGGCGGCAACCGUGGCGGUCUGUCGUAUUAUUCUGCCGACUGGAACAGAUACGCCAGACAGUUCCGCCGCAACUUCGUCAGGCCGUUGUACCGACUGUUCUAGUCACAUAUAAUAAUACAGUCGUCUUGGCGCGGCGGUUAGGUAUAGAUUCCACACAGACACAUAAAAUCAAACUGAUACCAGUUUAGGUCUUCCCUGCAGUUGUGAGAUUCUUUUCAUAUGUUUUUCUUUACAGUAAACGUAAUUUGCAUCAUUGUAAAAUCAACUAUUUAGAUAAGUAUUGUACAUGUCGUACUAUGAAGAUAGUAUUUUUUCAAGAGUAAAAUUAUUUUAAAUAUAAAAAAAGUAUAGAUACAUCUACAAAAAUAAGUUUUGUUUAACUAUUAUAACCGUGAAGGUUUGUAAGUUGUAAGUAAUUAUUCACAUAAUAUAUACGCGUAAUAAAUAUAAAUAGUUUAAUAUUUAAUACAAAACAAGUUAUUAAGAGUUUAGGUUAAUUCAUAUCUAGACCAGUGUAGUUUCCAAAUCUCGAAGAUGUGCCAAUUAUAAUGAUUAAAACUAACUAAGUUUAGUUUAACUAUAAAUUAAAAUGUAUAUAUAUAAUAUUAGCAAAUAGUAAAGUUAAAUUUAAAAAUUUAACGAUAACAAAGGAAAGAAGUCACUUAACUCAGUGAAAAAAAUUCGCCUAAUUUUUUAAAAUUAUUAUACAGGUUCACACAUUAACACUUUAAAGCAAAAUUUACAAGUAAAUUGUCAUAUUGUAUAUUAUUAGUCACUAUUAUUUUGAUAAAUCACUUCAAAUAUCAGGUAUUAAAGUAUUAACACAUAUUACACAAUUAAAAUAAAAAAUUAAUAAUUAAGAUGAUAUGUAUUAAUGUAUUGUAAUAACAUAAUUGUGUCGUAAUUUAACUAUUAUUAUGUAUAAUUAAGUAAUAAAUUAUAGUUAUAAUUUUUUUAAAUUUAAUUAUAUUGUUUUAUAAUCAAAUGCAA